AUGGUACAUAUUCUAUACGAGCACCCGGUGGGAUACUUACUGGUUGAAGCAAAAGAACUGGACACAGUCAGCACCAAAGCUACUCUUGCGAGUGUGAAAACACUUGGAGAUUUCAAGAAGGUGUUCCAAAUUUCGGGAACUCUUGUGCAUGCAGACCCGCAGGACGCGCUUGAGCAAAUUGAGGCGGCCUCCGAGGGAAAGAUCUCGCCAAAGCUGCAGGAGUUCCUGCACAUCAACGGAGUGUCUGUUUUGGCCGCAGACAAGGCGUACUCUCUUGCCAUAAAGGAUCUGGGCAUAAAGAUGUACAACGAAGAAAGCACGCACGAGCUGAUGCGCGCAGUAAGAAAGCACGCCGACGCUAUUUUCGGUGUGGACACGCAGAAAGUGGGAAAGUCACAGAUCAGCCUGGCACACGCUCUUUCCAGAAAGAAGGUCCAGUACGACGCUGCAAGAGAAGACCAUGCGGUGAUGCAGUGCAUUUCCAUGCUGGACGACACGUCUGUGGACAUAAACGACUACUUUAUGCGCAUCCGCGAGGUAUAUGCGUGGCACUUCCCAGAGCUGUCCGAGCUUUGCACGGGGCAGGCGGAGUAUCUGCAGGCUAUCCGCGUGAUCGGGGACAGGGAGACUGCGUCGCAGAACGAGGUUGCGCAGCUGAGCAACGGAGAGGAAAUUGCGAAGGCAAUGCACAAUACGAUCGGCGGAGAGAUCGGCCAGGAGGACCUGCAGGUGAUUGCAGAGCUGUCCUCUGUUGUUGAGGAAAAGAUGGCGCUUUACGCCCACGCGAUGGAGCACCUGGAGAAACGGCUGGAGACAGUGGCGCCGAACCUGACGGCUUUGGUCGGAAAGGUCGUGGCUGCACGGCUGAUACUCAAGGCAGGAGGGCUGAGCAAGCUGGCGCUGUGCCCGGCCUCUACAAUCCAGGUCCUGGGCGCAGAGAAGGCACUUUUCCGGGCCAUGAAGAGCAAGGCGCAGACGCCAAAGUACGGGCUAAUCUUCCACUCCUCGUUUGUGGGCGCAGCAGUGCCUCGCAUGCGCGGGCGAGUGAGCAGAUACCUCAGCGCGAAGUGUGCGAUCGCCAGCCGAAUUGACUGCUACGCAGAAGACGUGACAGACGCAUACGGGCUGGCCAUGCGAACAAUGGUGGAGGAGCGAGCAAAGGGCAGAAGCACUCACCACAUGCCUACAGACGCAGUUCUGCAGAAAGUGGCUGAGGACAUUGCAGCCCAGAAGGGAGCAGCACUAUGA